GCCGCAGACCAAGGGCCGGCCCCCGCCAGCGCACCUCCACCUGCGGGGCUGCCGAGCGCCACCGGCCCGCCUCUGCGGGGCGAGCAACCUGCCCCCGAGCGGCGCGGCCUCGCCCGGCACGGCACGGCUCGGCUCCCCGCCCCCUCGCCCUGCUGCCAGCGGGCUCCAGCGGCUGACAGCGGCCGGCCCCGGGAAAGCCCCGAUCUCCGCCGCCAGCGCACAAAGCCCCGGGGCGGCGGGCCAGGACGUUGCUCCCGUUCCCCCAGGGCGCAGGAGCCGCUGGCGCGGCCUCCCGGGGCGCGCCAACAUGGGGUUCCUGCACCAGCUGCAUCUCCUGCUCUGGAAGAACGUGACUCUCAAGCGCAGGAGCCCGUGGGUGCUGGCCUUUGAGAUCUUCAUCCCCUUGGUCCUCUUCUUCAUCCUCCUGGGGCUGCGACAGAAGAAGCCCACCAUCCCCGUGAAGGAAGUCUCUUUCUACACAGCAGCCCCUCUCACCUCGGCCGGGAUCCUGCCGGUGAUGCAGUCCUUAUGCCCCGAUGGCCAGAGAGACGAGUUUGGAUUCCUGCAGUAUUCCAAUUCCACCGUGACCCAGCUCCUGGAGCGGCUCAAUGAGGUGGUGGAAGAGAGCAACCUGUUUGACCCGCAGCACCCUGGGCUGGAGGAGGAGCUGGAGUCCCUGCGGCGGCAGCUGGAGUCCCUCAGCAACAGCGAGCCCAGCUCCAUGGAGACCCACUUCGACAGCCGGGCAGCGUCUCGCUUCACACUGGGCUCCGCGGUGAAGGACCAGAGUGAACUUCAUCGCUUCCUCACUCGGAACCUCUCCCUGCCCAACGAGACGGCCCAGCUGCUGCUAGGCUCCAACAUCAACCUCAAAGAGGUAUAUCGCCUGUUUUUCGGCUCCGCCCCCGCCUCGGCAGACGACGCCCACGAGAGAGAGCCCUGGGACCGGUUCAGUGCUGGGGAAAAGAUUCUCCAGCUGGAGGAGAGCCUCCUGGGCGGGUGGAGAAACUUGGAAGACGGGCUGAUCCACAGGGCCCUGCGCGACCCCAAGAGAUCCACCCACAGGCAGGCCCUGCUGCACCUCCUGUCCCAGGCCCUGGGUCUGGCCGGCACCCCCUCCGAGGCCUCUGCUUCCUACAGCCCCCAGGCUUUUGUGAAGGAGAUGGAGAGCAUCCUCUUCACGCCAUCGGUGCUGGAGCACCUGACCUGUGACCAGGAUCAGGAGGAACUGAAGCAGAUCCUGAGUGUCCCUGAGAGCCGACAGCCCUGGCUGCAGGCCUACCGGGCCACUGUCUGCAACGGGAGCACCAGCAUCCGCCGGGAGCACUUCACACAGCUGGGCAUGGAGCUCAAGGAGCAGCUGGACGUGCACAAAGUCGUCAGCAGGCUCAAGCUGGAUGAGGUGAACAGCACAGCGGCCCAGCACCGGCUUCACGCCCUCCUGGAGGACCUGGUGGAGAUGGAGAAGGUUCUGAAGGACGUGGACAUCCUCUCGGCUCUGGCGAAGCUGCUGCCCCAGGGCGCCUGUGCCAGCAAAGCACCCCCACCCGCCACCAACAGCACCAGCUGGGGUGGCAACUUCACCGCCGGCGCCAACUCCACCACGGAGGAGGGUGACAGGGAGCCCGUGGGAGAGAACCCCCAGGGCCAGUGCUCAGCCUUCGUGCAGCUCUGGGCAGGACUGCAGCCCAUCCUGUGCGGGAAUAACCGCACCAUCGAGCCUGAGGCCCUGAAGCAAGGCAACAUGAGCUCCUUGGGCUUCACCAGCAAGGAGCAGCGUAACCUGGGGCUGCUGGUGCACCUCAUGACCAGCAAUCCCAAGAUCCUUUACUCGCCCGUCGGGACGGAGGUGGACAAGGUCAUCCUGAAGGCCAAUGAGACCUUUGCCUUUGUCGGGAACGUGACUCGCUACGCCCAGGUCUGGCUGAACAUCUCCUCCGAGAUACGGGGCUUCCUGGAGGAGGGCAAACUGCAGCGACGGAUCCGCUGGCUUCAGGAGUUCACCAAUGACCUCCACAAGCACCCCGAGAUCCUGAACGCCUCGGACAACAACCUCCUCCGCAGCUUCAUUGACAGCAACUUCUCGCUGCCCAACGCCAGCGCUCUGCUGCAGCAGCUGGACACCAUCGACAACGCCGCCUGUGGCUGGAUCCAGUUCAUGGCCAAGGUCAGCGUGGACAUCUUCAAGGGCUUCCCUGACGAGGAGAGCAUUGUGAACUACACGCUGAACCAGGCGUACCAGGACAACGUCACGGUGUUUGCCAGUGUGAUCUUCCAGACCAACAAGGAUGGCUCCCUGCCCCCCCACGUGAUGUACAAGAUCCGGCAGAAUUCCAGUUUCACCGAGAAGACCAACGAGAUCAGGCGGGCAUACUGGCGCCCGGGCCCCAACACGGGCGGGCGCUUCUACUUCCUUUACGGGUUCGUGUGGAUCCAGGACAUGAUGGAGCGAGCCAUAAUCAACACCUUUGUGGGCCACGAUGUGGUGGAGCCCGGCAACUACGUGCAGAUGUUCCCGUACCCGUGUUACACCAGGGACGAUUUCCUGUUCGUCAUCGAGCAUAUGAUGCCCUUGUGCAUGGUGAUCUCCUGGGUCUAUUCGGUGGCGAUGAUGAUCCAACACAUUGUGGCGGAGAAGGAGCAUCGGCUGAAAGAGGUGAUGAAGAUGAUGGGCCUGAAUAACGCAGUCCACUGGGUGGCCUGGUUCAUCACCGGCUUUGUCCAGCUCUCCAUCUCCGUCACCGCACUCACUGCCAUCCUGAAGUAUGGCAAGGUCCUGAUGCACAGUGACGUCUUCAUCAUCUGGCUCUUCCUCGCCAUCUACGCCGUGGCCACCAUCAUGUUCUGUUUCCUGGUGUCCGUGCUCUAUUCCAAGGCCAAGCUGGCCUCAGCCUGCGGGGGCAUCAUCUACUUCCUGAGCUACGUCCCCUACAUGUACGUCGCCAUCCGGGAGGAAGUGGCCCACGACAAGAUCACGGCCUUCGAGAAGUGCAUUGCCUCUCUCAUGUCGACCACGGCCUUCGGGCUGGGCUCCAAAUACUUUGCGCUGUACGAGGUGGCCGGCGUGGGCAUCCAGUGGCACACCUUCAGCCAGUCACCCGUGGAAGGCGACGACUUCAACCUGCUGCUCUCCAUGAUGAUGCUGAUCGUGGAUGCCGUGGUCUACGGUGUGCUGACAUGGUACAUUGAGGCCGUGCACCCAGGCAUGUACGGGCUCCCCCGGCCCUGGUACUUCCCCUUCCAGAAGUCCUACUGGCUCGGGAACGGGCGGGUCGAAACCUGGGAAUGGACCUGGCCCUGGUCUAGAACCACCCGGCUCAGCAUCAUGGAGGAGGAUCAGGCCUGCGCCAUGGAGAACAGGCGGCUGGAGGAGACACGUGGCAUAGAGGAGGAGCCGAACCACUUGCCGCUCGUCGUGUGCGUGGACAAGCUCACCAAGGUCUACAAGACUGACAAGAAGCUGGCACUGAACAAGCUGAGCCUGAACCUCUAUGAGAACCAAGUGGUGUCCUUCCUGGGGCACAAUGGGGCGGGCAAGACCACCACUAUGUCCAUCCUGACUGGCCUCUUCCCCCCGACCUCGGGCUCUGCUACCAUCUAUGGCCAUGACAUCCGUACAGAGAUGGACGAGAUCCGGAAGAACCUGGGCAUGUGUCCCCAACACAACGUGCUCUUUGAUAAACUGACGGUGGAAGAGCACCUCUGGUUCUACUCGCAGCUUAAGAGCAUGGCGGAGGAGGAGAUCCGCAAGGAGAUGGACAAGAUGAUCGAAGACCUGGAACUGUCCAACAGGCGGCACUCCCUGGUGCAGACUCUGUCAGGAGGGAUGAAGAGGAAGCUGUCGGUGGCCAUCGCCUUCGUGGGUGGAUCGCGGGCUGUUAUCUUGGAUGAGCCCACUGCUGGUGUUGACCCAUACGCACGUAGGGCUAUUUGGGAUCUGAUCCUCAAAUACAAACCCGGAAGGACCAUCCUGCUCUCCACACAUCACAUGGAUGAGGCCGACCUGCUCGGGGACCGCAUCGCCAUCAUCUCUCACGGCAAGCUCAAGUGCUGUGGCUCCCCGCUCUUCCUCAAGAGCACCUACGGGGAUGGCUACAAGCUGACGGUGGUGAAGAAGCAGUCAGACUCCAGGAAUGGCACAGACUCAGGGCAGACGCACAGCCCUCUCUCCCACUCCUCCGCCAGCCCCUGCUCUGAGCCUCGCGUCACCCAGUUCAUUAAGAAGUACGUGGCCUCCUGCCUGCUGAUCUCCAACACCAACACGGAGCUCUCCUACAUCCUGCCCAGCGAGGCCGUCAAGAAGGGCUGCUUCGAGAGGCUCUUCCAGCACCUGGAGCAGAGCCUGGGGGAGCUGGAGCUGACCAGCUUUGGGCUGAUGGACACUACCCUGGAGGAGGUCUUCCUCAAGGUGUCGGAGGAGGACCUGUCCCUGGAGAACAGCGACGUUGACAUGAAGGAGUCCAAGAAAGAUGCCCUGCAGCCACCGGCUCCCCACAUGGGCCUGAAGCCCGAGGCCAACGGGGAGCCCCUUCCUGACGUGGAGGCACCCGAGAAGCCGGAGGUGGAGCUCAGCAACCUGGUGGCCUGCUCCAACCUGACCCAGUCGCAGGCGUCCCUGCGCUCGGCUUCCUCGGUGGGCUCCGUGCGGGGCGAUGAAGGUGGGGCUUAUUCGGAGUUCUAUGGGGAUUACUCUCCGUUGUUUGAUAAUCUGCAGGACCCUGAUAACAUCAGUCUGCAAGACCAAGAGGCUGACGCUGACGCUGAGGCUGCGGACCAGCCCCUGGUGGGACAGGGGAGCUUUAAGCUGGAGGGCUCCUGGCUCAAGCUGCGCCAGUUCCACGGGCUGAUCGUCAAACGCUUCCACUGCGCCAAGCGCAACACCAAGGCCCUCUUCUCGCAGAUCCUGCUGCCCGCCUUCUUCGUCUGCGUGGCCAUGACGGUGGCGCUCUCUGUGCCCGAAAUAGGUGACCUGCCUCCUCUGAUCCUCUCGCCGUCCCAGUAUCACAACUACACCCAGCCCAAGGGCAACUUCAUCCCCUAUGCCAACGAGGAGCGGCGCGAAUACCACAUGAAGCUGUCGCCCGAUGCCAGCCCCCAGCAGCUUGUCAACACCUUCCACCUGCCCUCCGGGGUGGGGGCCACGUGUGUGCUGAAGACGGCCUUCAAUAGCACCCUGGACCAGCUGGUGCAGACCCUGAACCUCAACAGCAACGAGUCCAAGAUGCUGGCGGCCAAGUACUUCGACGCCAUGUGCGUCGAUUCCUUCACCCAGGGUCUGCCGCUCUCCAACUUCGUGCCACCGCCCCCAUCCCCUGCCCCCUCCGACUACCCCGUCUCCAUGGAUGACGACAUGGUGCACGCCUGGAACUCCACCACGUACCCCUCCACUGUCAAAGAGACUGUCACUUUGGCCCCGUCCCUGCCCCGCCUCAUCCAUGAGCCCAUCAAAUGCACCUGCUCCAUGCAGGGGACGGGCUUCUUCUGCCCCAGCGGCGUGGGAGGCCACCCGCCCCAGAUGAAGGUGGUGACAGGGGACAUCCUGGUGGACAUCACAGGGCGCAACAUCUCGGAGUACAUGCUGUACACGUCGGACCGCUUCCGGCUGCACAGGUAUGGAGCGAUCACGGUUGGCAAUGUCCAGAAAUCCAUCCCAGCGUCCUUUGGCGCCCAGGCCCCUCCUAUGGUGCGGAAGAUCGCGGUCAGGAGAACAGCCCAGGUCUUCUACAACAACAAGGGCUACCACAGUAUGCCCACCUAUCUGAACGCGCUGAACAACGCCAUCCUGCGUGCCAACCUGCCCAAGAGCAGAGGGAACCCCGCCGCCUACGGCAUCACAGUGACCAACCAUCCGAUGAACAAGACGAGUGCCAGCCUCUCCCUGGAUUAUCUCCUGCAAGGCACAGAUGUGGUCAUCGCCAUCUUCAUCAUCGUGGCCAUGUCCUUCGUGCCGGCCAGCUUCGUGGUGUUCCUGGUGGCCGAGAAGGCCACCAAAGCCAAGCACCUGCAGUUUGUCAGCGGCUGCGACCCAGUGAUCUACUGGUUGGCCAACUACGUGUGGGACAUGCUGAAUUACCUGGUGCCGGCCACAUGCUGCAUCAUCAUCCUCUUUGUGUUUGACCUCCCAGCGUAUACGUCCCCCACCAACUUCCCAGCCGUCCUCUCACUCUUCCUGCUCUAUGGCUGGUCCAUCACCCCCAUCAUGUACCCAGCCUCCUUCUGGUUUGAGGUUCCCAGCUCAGCAUACGUCUUCCUGAUCGUUAUCAACCUCUUCAUUGGCAUCACGGCCACUGUCGCCACCUUUCUGCUGCAGCUCUUCGAGCAUGACAAGGACCUGAAGGUCGUUAACAGCUACCUGAAGAGCUGCUUCCUCAUCUUCCCCAACUACAACCUGGGCCACGGGCUGAUGGAAAUGGCCUACAAUGAAUACAUCAACGAAUACUACGCCAAGAUCGGGCAGUUUGAUAAAAUGAAAUCGCCCUUUGAGUGGGACAUUGUGACCCGGGGCCUGGUCGCCAUGACAAUUGAAGGCUUCGUAGGUUUCUUCAUCACCAUCAUGUGCCAAUAUAACUUCCUCCGGAAGCCACAGCGGCUGACCGUCUCCAACAAGCCCAUUGAGGAUGACAUCGACGUGGCGAACGAACGGCACCGGGUCCUGCGCGGCGAUGCCGACAACGACAUGCUCAAGAUUGAGAAUCUCACCAAGGUGUACAAAUCCCGCAAGAUUGGGCGCAUCCUGGCCGUGGACCGUCUGUGCGUGGGCGUGCGGCCCGGAGAGUGCUUCGGGCUGCUGGGCGUCAACGGGGCAGGGAAGACCACCACCUUCAAGAUGCUGACUGGGGACGAGAGCACCACCGGAGGGGAAGCCUUCAUCAAUGGGCACAGCAUCUUGAAGGAGCUCCUCCAGGUGCAGCAGAGCUUGGGCUACUGUCCGCAGUUUGAUGCGCUGUUCGACGAGCUCACGGCACAGGAGCACCUGGAGCUCUACACCCGGCUACGUGGCAUCCCCUGGAAGGACGAGGAGAGGGUGGUGAAGUGGGCGAUGAAGAAGCUGGAGCUCACCAAAUAUGCCGACAAGCCGGCCAGCACCUACAGCGGGGGCAACAAGAGGAAGCUGUCCACGGCCAUCGCCCUGAUUGGCUUCCCUGCCUUCAUCUUCCUGGACGAGCCCACGACGGGCAUGGACCCCAAGGCCCGGCGCUUCCUGUGGAACCUCAUCCUGGACAUCAUCAAAACGGGCCGCUCCGUGGUGCUGACGUCCCACAGCAUGGAGGAGUGCGAGGCGCUCUGCACCCGGCUGGCCAUCAUGGUGAACGGGCGGCUCAAGUGUCUCGGCAGCAUCCAGCACCUGAAAAACAGGUUUGGAGAUGGCUACAUGAUCACGGUGCGGACCAAGUCCAGCCUCAGCGUCAAGGAGGUGGUGCGGUUCUUCAACAGGAACUUCCCCGAGGCCAUCCUCAAGGAGCGACACCACACCAAGGUGCAGUACCAGCUCAAGUCUGAGCAGAUCUCGCUGGCCCAGGUCUUCAGCAAGAUGGAGCAGGUGGUGGACGUGCUGGGCAUCGAGGAUUACUCCGUCAGCCAGACCACACUUGAUAAUGUGUUUGUGAAUUUUGCCAAGAAACAAAGUGACAACCUGGAGCAGCAGGAGACCAGCCCCAACUGCUCGAUCCAGUCACCGCUGGAGCACAUCCUGAGCCUGCUGCGGCCCCGCGCCGCCCCCACCGAGCUGCGGGCCCUGGUGGUGGAGGAGCCCGAGGACCUGGAGACAGAUGACGAGGGCUUGAUCAGCUUUGAGGAGGAGAGGGCUCAGCUCUCCUUCAACACAGACACUCUCUGCUGAGGAGCCGGGGGGAGCGAACUCCCCAGCCUAGGAGCCGGCGACUCCCCCUUGUCCCAGUGCCCUGCCCCUCCCCGCCCUCCAUUGAGUGGCAGUCAUCCAGCAUUAGCGAGACGGGUGGCCAUCUUCACCCUCUGUCGGCAAGGCUGUGAGACGCCUGGAUCCUCCAGCCCGAACCAGAGGCUGCCAUGGGGCUGCCGCGGCAAGGCCCAGAGAGACUUGAGGGCAGAGCACUGGCCUGGAUGGACACAGGAGGCUUCUCCCCACUGGCCGGGCCCACAGCUAGGGGACCCUCGCCUUGCCUGGAGCAGCUGUUUUCCCUGCGGCAGCUGUGGGGCUGCUUGCAGUGGCAGAGGGGAGAAGGGCGGGUUGCCUGGGGGUUGCAGGAAGGUGGCAAAGAAGGAAGGAGUAAAUGUACAGAGCAGACUGCGUGCGGCCACCGCUUCCUUUGAUCCUUUCCGGAGGGACGCGAGAGGAGCCGCACCCUGCGGAGCGCGGCCAGGGCUGGCGGUUUGCUUCCCCUGGCCCGCAAAGGGCCCACCGUCCGGCUGCGCCUCCGGGGCGGAUUCCACGCGGUUACCUGGUGCUGCCCCCAGAGGCAGGAGUGGGUGGCUCAGCCGCAGAGAUGGAAGAUUUAUUUUUUUAACGAUGUGACAGAUGGCUCGGCGCAGCGACGCCGGGAGCUGGGCUUUGCUUCCCUUGGGUGUCUGGCUCAUGUGGGUUUUUAAAACAUGGGGCAGCUGCCGUGAAAUGCGGGCUUGGAGCAGGGCCGAGGGGGAAGGCUUUCCCUGCUGCCCAAAGCAGUGCUGUCAGAAACGGGCUGUCUCCCGCCAGGCUGCCGGGGUGCCGAGGGACACCGCAAGCGACUCCCAGCCACGGCUGAGCAAUCCCAGGGCUUUGAAGGCUGCUCACACUUGGCAAUGCGUCUGUGUACGAGCCCGCACUCGGCUCCCAGGCCCUGGCUGCCUGAGGGUGAGACUGCGUUCUGGCGGCAGGGCCGGGGCUGCGGGGGCAGGCAGGAGCCACGCAUCAAGCUGCUUUCACCACCAGCCCAUCCUCAAGAGCUCCGGCCCGCGGAGAUCCACGCUUUGAGGUUCAGGCCUGUCUCUAAAGCAAACUGUGUAGAGGCAGCAGCCCCCCUUUCAUUGGCCCCCCACCAACCACCCGGUCAAUCUGCUACCCCUUCCCCGUCCAGGGGGCGGCAGGACCCCAGACCUGCUUUCUUCAUCAGCAGGGAGCCAUUCUGCGACAAGGCCAGCUUGAGUUUUUCUCCAGCCGCCCCUUUGCUAUAGAAGGCAACCACCAUGCCAGCCGACUCUCAGAUGAACGGCCAGCCCCUGCGCACCCUCCCCCAGGCUAACCCAGCCCCUGUUCUGGCUUGGGUGGGUACUCACAUGAGUUUUAAUCAGACCUGUCCCCAGAACAGGGGCACAGAGAGCCCCUGCGGGGGCAGCCAGGGCAGAGUAGACUCACAGGGCACUGCAUACUCUGGCCUGAUCUCUGACACACACACCCCUUUAUUUUAAACUAGGGAGAAAAAAAUCCUGGAAUAAUUUGUAGUUAAGGAGAUGGAGGCUGGGGGCUGCCGGAGCAGGAUGGGGCCUGUCACCUCUAGGGAGCCAGUUCAGGUUGAAGGGGUAACCCUGGGAACACUUCAUGUAGCAGCAUUAGGGUUUCCAUUCCAGUGGGGUGUGGCCAUUGUGGGGAGUGGAGGGCGAUAUUACUUGUCCAGCAUCCCCCGCCCGCUGGAGCAGGCCAGCCCUCCCAUGCACAGGGUCCAGUGGAGUGCAUGGAGGCGGCUGACCUGCCUUCCUGGUCAACUGGGGCAUCCCAGUGCCAGCCGGAUGCGGCCUUGAGUUCCCAGCCAGAACACUCGGCUGCCCCCAGCUGCAUGGGGGCGUGGAGGGGAGCCUGGGACAGGAGACUGGGCAGCCCCCAAGGCGUCUUGCCACGAGAGGCACCAGGGCAGCAUGGUCGGGCCCGGGGGUGUAUCUGGGCCUGGAUUGGGUAGAGGCCUCCUGAAUCGCUGGGCCAAAGGUCCAUCCUCUCCACGGAGCUGUGGCCCUGUCUGGCAGCAUAGGAGGGAGCGGAGGCUGAAGGGAGACUGGAUGUGAUCUCGCCAAGGGGAGAUGGCCCCUGAGGGAUGCCAGGGAUCCAGGUGGGCCAAGGGCUGUGGAGGACCCCCUCGAACAUUGGAGCACAAGCAAAGCCCCCCCUCCAGCCUGGUGUGAUUCUGUUUGAGGCCAGGUAUGUGCUGCUUGGUUUCCUGGCCAUGGAGUGGCCCCUGCCCUACCUGGGCUCUGGAUCCCUGCAGCCUUCACUCUGCCACCAUUAACCCCGUACCCCUGCUGGGCCUGCCUGCGGUUUGUCCUUGCUUGAGCUGCCGUGGCCCUGGGAGCCCACACAGCAGCUAGUUCCUGCGCGAAGUGUCCGGUGUCAGAGACGUCUCAUGCCCCAGGGUUCUGCUGACAGAAGGGGGUCACUGGGCACUGGCUGCGUGGCAUCCUGGCAUUGCAUUAACAGGGUCGCCGUCAGGAUGCACCUUUUAUUUCCUGACCUGGUGGUGUUUAUAAUAAUUUAUAAAACCCAUGUCCUGAGCUGCCCCAGCAGACACACCGAUAUGUUUUUGGAGGGUUGCUCAGGAGGGCUGCACUCAGGUUUUUGGGUUUGAAGCUGUGAAUCAUAUUGGUUUUCCUUUAGUGGCAGGGCAUCAGGAUGGUUGUGGGCGUGAGGCAGCCAAGGCCCCUGCCCGCGGGCAAUGGACCGUUAUUUUAACUUUAAAAUCUGCAAUAAAAUCCAGGGUCGCUCACUUGGGCUGGCAGCCUGGCCUGAGACUGGGUAGGCAGGGGAGCAAUGUAUGUAACAUGUUGCGGGGGCGGGGCAGGGGGAGUUGAGGCGAGGGCAUGGCUGGGAGAAGGGAAGUCACACCUGUUUUCCCAGACCCUAGAGCUUCCCUUGCGAAAUACCUUCCAUGGAGAAAGCCAAGGUCUCCAUGCUGGGAGCUUCCUUGAGCCAGUCUGCUCCCUUAAUACUGGCUUCUCCCCUUCAGCGUCAGGUAGAGGGCUUGCCUGACGUGGCAGGAGUGCCAGCGCUGCCCAGCACCUUGUAACAGACUCAGCCAAUGUCCCUCCUUUCUGCGGAAGAGCCCGUGCACUGGUUUGGCUUGAACUGACUCCCCGGAGCCAGGGCUGAUCUCGGCAUGGCUCAGCCCUGGCAUCACCGCCCGGGGGAUUUCCUUUGCUCCUCUCCAAACUCUGGGGCUCAGCCAAUUUGUUCCAAUCCGCUAAGCCCUGCCUGGCUGGAGGAGGACUGGAUAUGCAGCAGCUGGUACUGUAUGGACCACUUGGCUAUUCUGGACCUACCAAUCUCCACCAGCUACUGAGUGCCCAUUGCCAAGGGGACCUAUGGGGGGUGUCUGCCCACUUCAUCGCCUUUGCUCAUCUUGUAGUUCUUUGUGUCUUGGCAGCUGUUUGCUGGCCCCCGUGGGCUCUGUUCUCAUAGGGCCUUGGAGGAUGGUGCUCCAGGAGGGCGGAGGCUCCGUCAGGUGUGGAAGCCAGGUGCGGGCCAGCGGUGCUUUCGCUCAGGGUGGCGCGUUGGUUCUCAGACUCAGCAUCGCCCCACCCUUGUAAUGGUUUGUCUUUUCCAUGGAGGGUGGCUGCUGUUUGCGAAGCCCCUUCAGUGUGGUGACAUCGUCCCAGCACGUGGGUCCCACCAGGGCUGCCUGCAAAGUCAAGAGGGAGCCCAGCGGCAAGGGUCAGCCCUGGGCUCAGCGUCCCACCUCCGUCCCCAGCCCCAAAGACCUGUUUGUAUUCAGGGGCUCUAGCCUCACUACACAGGGGAGGUAGCCGUUUGUCAGCCAGGUGUGUGCCUGUGGGAGCUCUGCAAAGCAUUGGGGGGGGCGGGGGGGAGCCAGCAGGGGCUCCCCAGGCAGCUGGUGGUGCUGCUGGGUUAAAGCCCUGUACGAAUGCACAGGUACGUGCCCACCCCCUUCUGGCCUAUGAGCUAGUGGCUCAGGGCUGGGCCUGCAGCAGCGUUCUGCUCCUGGCACCCCCGCCCAGUCCCGUAUCCCAAGUCAGUCCUACCCUGCCAUCUCCCUGGGAAAGGGGCUGCCCCCUGCCCUACUGUUCAGCCUACUCCCCCGUUCCUCCAGGGCUGGGCCACCAAAACGAUGGCUCCGGAUCAUCCCGCCGCACUGCAGGGGUGUUAGAAACCCAGGCCCAGAAGCACAUUUAGCAAAUGGCCCCAGGCUUUAUUCAUGGUCCUGGCCUGCUUCUCCCUGGGCUUUGGGAAUGCUGCCAGUGCCUCAUGCAGGGGCUGUUCGGCUGCCUUGGCCCCAUGGUGACCCAGCUGCACGUUCCCCGCCGGCUUCACUGGGAAGGCCAAGCUGCUGUGCCUGAGCGAGACCCCCCUGUGCUUUGCUUUCAGUGCCCACCCACACAACUCUGGGCUGUAAGGGCUGCAGGUCCUGCCCCCCCCAGCCCCCGACCCACUUGCUGUAGUCCAGCCACCUCCCCACCAGCCAUCUGCUACCCAGGGGGCUUGGCGAUCCCAGUGGGGGGUGGGGGAAGGAGCCCUGCAGCUGAGUGGGAGAUGGGGAGGGGCCUCUCCCAAGCAAUUCAGGGGCUGAGUGGGGAGAGCAGCAUCAGGGGUCGGUGGGGGAACGGUCAGCAGAGCUCACUCUCCGAGGCUGGGGCUUGCCGUGUGUGCCCUGAGACAGACCGUGCCUGCCUCUGUGGUAGCACCAAGCUGGCCAGGCUUCAGGUCCUGCAGGUUCUAGAUUGUGAUACGAUAGACGUGUAUUUUUCCCCUAUUGAAAGUACCAUUUUCAGACCAUGUAUUUUUAAAGCAUUUUGAAAAUUGGUCAGUUUGUGUCACUGUUAAAGUCGGGGGCGAUGUGUUUGAUGGGGCAGCCUGCAGGCUCGCCUCUGUCCGUGGGGCUGCCCCCAGCAAAGCCCUGCUUGGCUCCAGCCCCGGUCAAAAGACAUACAGGCCUCAGGAGAGGAUGAGUGAUGUCAUCCCCAAAGCCCUGCCCCCGGAAGUGACAUCACAACAUCAGCCAUUCAUCAAAGCCAUGAUGUCAUUCCCCCCGUCCUGCCUCUUGAGGAGAGGACUUGCCCGUAUAACUAGAACCACCCCACGGUUGGCAGCGCCGUAUCUCCAGCUUCACCCCAGUGCAGCAAAGACCAGAAUUCUGCCUGUGCUUCUUGCAGGGCUGGGCACUUCGGGCUGCCUGACGGCUCACACCAUAGACGCUUCCUCCCCCUCCACUUGCUCCCUUCGCUUCCAGUCCCCCUUCUCCGCUUCCUGCCUGCAAACAGCAGCACGCCCUGCCUGGCCUCCUUCAGCUUCCUCCUUAAAAGCCACUGCAGGAAAUCCCUCCUCGUUCCCGAUCCCCUGCUCCCUCUCUCAGCCAGUAUCUUGUCUUUGCUUUCUCCAGUUCUGGACCUGAUCCUGCUCUCACUCCGUUGACAUUUACACCAGUGGGAGCAGGAGCAGGCCCAUAACUCUUCAUUGGGGGUGCUUUUUAAAUCAUCGUAAUACCAAAUGCCACCUGUAGGCAGUGCUACAGCUGCCUGGGGCACCAGCCCUGAGGGGAGUCCAACUUUCAGCUUGCUCGUUAGCACUUGGUUUAAUUGGAGUUUCUGCUGUGUUAAAAAGGAACGUGGAAAUUGGGACUAAAUCCAGGCUACGCGGCAGGAAAUCUGCUUCUGUCCCAGAGACUCUCUAGAUUUCUUUCCCUCUUUUAAUAAUCUGCUGUGAGAGCCCAAGGCAGGUGAGUUACAUGAUCAGUUCAGGGCGAAGGGACGGGUACUCUGUCCUGGUUCAGAAGCUUUGGGCUGGUCCGGACAGAAGUAACACCCACUCACCUAAAGCGGUCUAGUUAGACCAGAGCAGCCUCCCUGUGCAGACCCUCUCGAAUGGGUGUGGGGGUGGCAGCUCCUGGUUUAGCUGGGUUGGUCUGUCAUUGCUGUGAGUGUCCACACAAGAAGGUUGUGCCAAUUUAGAAACUGAUUGGGUUAGACAGGUGCAAUUAACUGGCCCUCAGCCAGGGAGUUCAGGCCUCAGAGCCACCGGGGCUCCCUCACCGGGCUGAGGCCCAGUUAAUUCCAUCCAAUUUCUUAUUGGGAUCAGCCUGGCCACCAGUUUCCCCCCUAGCUGCCCAGUUGGAUUGGGUGGAGCACCCGUGUGCAGAGCCUCUGUGCAAGGCCAGGUGCUGCAUAACCCUUCAGGCCAGGGCUUCAUCAGGGCCUGUGUAACCCACACACCUCCUGGGUGUGCUGCUCUACCCAUCUAGGGCACCAAGACCACUUUGAGAGAGAGAAAGAGAUUAAUGAGUCUGCUCUACAGCCUUAGCUAACAGCCAGUUGGCUUUUAGCUCAUGCACUAAGCUCCCGAUUCAAUCCUGCCUGCCGUUGACCGGGGUCUGUCAGCGUUACACCUGGGCUUCAUGCUGCCCCAUAGCCUGGGGCGAAUGGCACCCACAGAAACAGGGCCCCUUUUUCUGAGUGCACCUCCCUCUUGCUGCCACCUUCUGACUCAAGCUCCUCUUCUCCUGGCAUUCCCUCAGCAGCCAGAGGCCUUGAGCUUCUGGAGGAACAAAGCAUCUGGUGCUGAGCCUCACUGAUCCGAAGGGGGGGUGAGUGAGAGAAGCAGAGCUGUCUGUGAUGGAGCAACUCGUGUGGCCCCUUCCCUCAGCCAGGGGUUCAUCUCAAAGGGCAGCAAUCCGGGCAGGGCUGCCGUAGCUCACACACACGCUGGUGGUGGCAUUGGAGACACGGAAGGAGAGGUGGAAAUUCGUUUUAAGCCCUGCUAACCCAAUCUGGCUCUUUGGCCCCCUCUCGAGGCUAGGUCAUGUAUUGCGGGGUACGCAGUUGCUGGCUGCGACCUACAAGGUCUGGCCCGUUCACUCAAGCAGAAGAGGCCUCUGGUUUUUAGCUCCGGAGGUCCCAGGUUCUGAUGGCCCCAACCACAGUUCCAAGGGACCGUGCGUAACCACUGCUGUCCCUUGUAACAGUGCCCUAAAGCCGCGGUUCCCAAACUGGGGGGCAGGCCUCCCACGGGAGGCUCAGGCAUGUGUCAAGGGAGGCGAGAGCUUUGUGCCUUUUCUCAAAGAGCACUGACUGUCAGCCCGAGUGGCUGGGGCUCACGCAGAAGGGCCGUGCACACCUGGGAGGUGGGGAUAAAGGGACAGUCAGAAUCCCACCACCCUGGGGCUGAAAGCCGGAGUCCCGCUGCUUGGGCUCUCCUUCCUCCCCAUCCCCGUCCCUCGCCUGGAGGCAGCAGAGCUCCAGCUAUCAGCCCCGGGGUGGCAGCAGCAGCGCAGAAGUAAGGGUGGCAAUGGGGCGCGGUCUGCUGUGAAAAGUGAGAUUGACGAAUAUCACUUGUCACGUUGUCUCCCUUGCUGCCUUUGGUGCUGCUGCUGGCACGGCGCAGCCUUCAGAGCCGGGCGCCCGGCCGGCAGCCGCCGCUCUCCGCUCCGCCCUCGGGGCCGGGCGCCCGGCCGGCAGCCGCCGCUCUCCGCUCCGCCCUCGGGGCCGGGCGCCCGGCCGGCAGGCGCCGCUCUCCGCUCCGCCCUCGGGGCCGGGCGCCCGGCCGGCAGCCGCCGCUCUCCGCUCCACCCUCGGGGCCGGGCGCCCGGCCGGCAGGCGCCGCUCUCCGCUCCGCCCUCGGGGCCGGGCGCCCGGCCGGCAGGCGCCGCUCUCCGCUCCGCCCUCGGGGCCGGGCGCCCGGCCGGCAGCCGCCGCUCUCCGCUCCGCCCUCGGGGCCGGGCGCCCGGCCGGCAGCCGCCGCUCUCCUGGGUGGAGGUAAAAGUACUUGGGGGGGAUGGGUUUAAACAACUACAGACACAAAGGGGGGGUAAUGAAAUAAGCUUGAGAACCACUGCCCUAAAGCUUCCAAGGGGAUGGGUCCCUCGGAGGCUCAGUGGUGCUGCUCCCACAAAGGCCUGGCCCAUGCAGGGCUUUCUGAGCUGUUGCCUUCCCUUUGGUUAUUUGAGCCCCGCUGUCCAGCGUGCUGCCUUAACUCCAUUUUCUUGUUUGGUUUGGGUCCCCCAGCCCUCUCCUCAGCUGCCAGCUUUCUCUGUUAUGGCCAGGGGCAGGGGGGGUGCUGUUUGAUUGCACCACACGGAUGGCGUGGGAGGCGCAGACGAGUGGGGACGGCCUGGAAGAGCCUGUAUA